AUGGAAGAACUGGAAACUUUCCCCGUCAACCCGGAAGACCCCAAUCAAGUCUUGUGCAUAGGGAAGUCAUUAUCACCUGAAGCAAAAACUGAGAUGAUACGAUUCCUGAAAGGAAACCUGGAUUGCCAAGAAGCCUUCGAGUCUCUAAAGACACACCUCGGGGAAGCACCUCUCCUGUCAAAACCCCAGCCGGAUGAAUCUCUGUUGCUGUAUCUAGCAGUUUUAGACGUGGCAGUCAGCGCGGUCCUAACCAGGGAAGAAAAUGAGCGUCAAUUGCCGGUGUAUUACAUCAGCGAAGCACUUCUCCCAGCUGAAACACGCUACUCCGACAUGAAAAAACUGGCACUCGCACUUAUCACAGCCUCAAGAAAGCUAAGGCCAUACUUCCAAGCCCACUCAAUACAAGUCCUCACCAAUUUCCCUUUAAGACAAGUGAUGCAGAAAACGGACGCGUCGGGACGCCUGCUGAAAUGGGCUAUUGAGCUCAGUGAGUUCGAUCUCAUGUUCCGACCUAGACGCGCUAUCAAGGGCCAGGCCCUUGCCGAUUUUAUGGUCGAGUUUACCAAAGCCCCAGAAAUGGAGGCCAUAAUGGAAUCGACCGAGCCCCCCACAUGGAAGUUGUUUGUAGAUGAGUCUUCAGGAGAGGCUGGCGCGGGGGCAGGAAUCGUGUUGGAAAGCCCAGAAGGCCAUUUGCUAAAUUGUGCUGUGAGAUUCGGCUUCAGAGCCUCGAACAACGCGACCGAAUAUGAGGCCCUUCUGGCAGGUCUAAGGCUCGCUAAGGAAAUGCAGGUCAGGAAGCUCCUAGCAAGCAGCGAUUCUCAGCUCGUAGUAAAUCAGGUAAAUGGGGAUUUCGCAGCCAAAGAUGGUAACGUGCUCGCAUACUUGAAGCUGGUUCUGGACAUUAUUCCCCAUUUCGAAAGGUUCGAACUGACUCGAGUCCCCCGUCUAGAAAAUUCCCAUGCAGAUGCCCUCUCAAAGUUAGCCAGCAGCAUGGACUCAGAGCUUCUAAGCAUCUUCCCCAUUGAGCACUUAUCGAGGCCCUCCACCUUCGAAGGCGAAGAGUUACUGUGGAUAGAAGGCACCCCCUUGUGGAUGCAGCCCAUAAUCGCGUAUCUGAAGGAGCAAACACUGCCUGCUUCCAGAGGCGAGGCAAGAAAAUUAAGAAGAAGGGUUGCACACUUCGUCCUUCAAGAAGACAUCCUUUACAAGAGAGGCUUCGUUUUGCCCCUUCUUCGAUGUGUGGGCGGCGAAGAGACCACAUACAUACUCAGAGAGAUACAUGAAGGGAUCUGCGGAAAUCACUUCGGAGGGACGGCUCUGGCGCACAAGGCAAAUGGACAGGUUGAAGCAGUGAACAAAACUAUCAAGCACACCCUGAAAAGGAAACUGGAUGCCUCGAAAGGCGCCUGGGUUGACGAACUCCCCCACGUCCUCUGGGCCAUCAGAACGACUUGCCGGACUGCAACCGGCGAGACCCCAUUUUCCAUGACCUACGGAGCCGAAGCAAUGAGUCCGGUCGAAGUUGGGGUCCCAUCACAUCGACGGAUAUAUUUCAAUGAGAUCAGCAACGAUGAGGCGCGCAUAAGUGAACUACACUUCCUUGAGGAAAAGAGAGACGCUUCCCAAAUGACCUUGGCAAAAUAUCAUCACAAGAUGACCCGCUUUUACAACUCCAAGGUCAAAAACAGAACUCUCCGCUUGGGCGACCUCGUCCUCAAAAGAGUUUUCCAAUCUUCAAAACCAACCGGGUCAGGAGUUUUUGACCCGAACUGGGAAGGCCCUUACCGCAUUCGGGGAGAAUCCCGACCUGGUACCUUCGAGGUCGAAGAUAUGUCAGGAAGGAUGCUACCUCACAAGUGGAACAUCGAGCACUUGAGAAAAUACUACCAGUGA